AAUGGCGUAGUAGAAAGAGAUACCAUGUUUGUUACUAUCGCCUUCUCUUUCUAAACGCUAUGAUUUAUCUUCUUCCCUCAUUCUGCAAUGCUUCACCCCUCAAAAAUAUGUUCUUGUCCCUAUAUUUCUAGGUUCAUGCAUAUUGUGCGCUGCACAAUCUGAUUCGCAAAUGCAACCAUCUUCGGUUUAUGCACACCGGAAAAUCGACAGUUCAAAUUACUUUUAAUGAUACAAGAUAAUAAAGAAUUUUACGCAAUGUCGUAAUCAAACGUAUCAGUAUUAUAUAUCUGAAUAUUAAUUUAUCAAGAAACGGUGUUGGGUAUUAUAGGAAAAUAAAAUAAUUAUAUUUACUGCUUCCUCGUAUAUAGAUAACGUAUACAACAAAGAUUGUAUAAGACUAUAUUUAAGGCCUUUUAAUAAUAUAAUAACCACCUUUUGAGGUUAUAAAAUAAAAAUAUCAUUAUGCAAGAAAAAAAUAUCUUACAUGGACCACCAGAGCCUCUGCUGGAAUUUAAAAAUUUAUCCCUGGGACAAUUAAUUUUAAAUCAAUUACGUAGUCAUAGCCAUUGGGUAGCACAGAUAAAUGCUUAUACAGGAAAGGAACAAACAUUUAAAGAGAUUCUAGAUAGUAGUCAGAAGUUAGCAAUUGCUUUAGAAAAAGAAGGAUUAAAGAAGGAUGAUCGUAUAGCUAUUUGUAGUGAAAAUAGUACUGAAUUCUGUAUACCAGUAUGUGCUGCGUUAUAUUUGGGUAUUACUGUUUGUCCACUGAAUCCACUUUACACAGAAAGGGAAUUAAAACAUACAUUAAAUAUAUCUAAACCAAAGUAUAUUUUUAUGUCAGUAAUUGGAGCAAAGAACAUAUGCAAAAUUGCUUCCCAGUUAUUUUGGUCACCAAAAUUAAUAAUGUUGACAGAAUCUACAGAUACUAAGUUACCAAAUAUUAAUGAAUUAACAUCAAAUAUAAUUGUUGAUAAUAGCUUCCAUGCUUGUUCUACAGAUAUUAAUGAUCAUGUAGCAGUCAUUUCAUGUUCUAGUGGCACCACUGGAUUGCCAAAAGGAGUUAUGUUAACAGAUAAAAAUUUCUUAACUGUGAUAAGACACUUUGCAAUUUCAUCACCUGAAAUUGUGAAUAGUAAUGCUACAACUUUAGCAUUAUUACCAUUCUUCCAUGCAUAUUCUUUUUCUGUAUUACUUGUGAGAUUAAGUUUUGGAAAUAAAAGUGUCAUUCUUCCACGCUUUGAUGAGAAAAUAUUUUUACGUACAAUAGAAAGGUACAAAAUUGGAUAUCUAACAAUUGUACCACCACUUAUGGUAUUCUUAGCAAAACAUCCUAUUGUAGACAAGUAUGAUUUAUCCAGUAUUAAAGAGAUUUGGUGUGGUGCAGCCCCUUUAUCAGAAAAAAUUGCAAAAGUGGUUGCAAAGAGAUUGAAUAUGAACAAUAUAAAACAAGGAUAUGGGCUAACAGAAACUACCUUGGCUGUAAUUAAAUCACCAAAUAAUAGUACAAAAUAUGGAAGUGUAGGAAUUUUAGCUCCAGGAAUUUCAGCAAAAGUAAUAUCAGUUAAUGAAAACAAUUUGGGUCAAAAUUUGGGACCAAACGAUGCAGGAGAAUUAUGCUUCAAAGGGAAUUUAAUAAUGAAAGGAUAUUGUAAUGAUGAACUAGCUACAGCAGCAAUGAUUGAUAAUGAUGGAUGGUUACAUUCAGGAGAUGUGGGAUAUUAUGAUGAAGAGGGAUAUUUCUAUAUCGUAGAUCGUUUAAAAGAACUAAUUAAAUAUAAAGGAUUUCAAGUUCCACCAGCUGAACUAGAAGCAAUAUUAUUAACGUGUCCUGGAAUUAAAGAUGCAGCAGUUAUUGGAUUGCCCCAUGAAGAAGCAGGAGAACUACCGACUGCUUUUAUCGUUAAACAAGAAGGAUCUAAUAUAACGGAAGAAGAUAUCACUAAAUUUGUAAAUGAACGUGUAUCCAACCAUAAACGACUACGAGGCGGGAUCAGGUUUAUUGCGAAUAUUCCCAAAACCGCAUCAGGAAAAAUUUUACGUCGAGUUCUUCGCGAUACGCUUAAAUCAAAACUAUAGAUACUAGCAAUUUAAAUGUGUUCUUACCUCACGUGUACGUUAAUUUUAAUUUUUAAGACAUGAAAAAAAAAAA